AGUGGGUGGUGGAGUCACCGUCACCCAACUGGUCACACCACUGUCGACAUACUGCCUGCUGGGAUGAAGCUCGCCACCGGAGAACUACAGAGAUUGUUACAAAUCUGAGAUCACUCACAAUCUCGGCGAGAACUCGUCCAAACGACCGAUUACCGAUUCAUUAGUUUCAAGGAGGAAGGGAGGAACAGAGGCGCGCAGCCAAAAUGAUGGAAGAAAUAGAUAGAUUCCAAGUGCCGAGUGCCGUGCAGGAGGCGGAGAUGCAGGCUGAGAUGCAGCCGCUGGACCCGGCCUCGUCCACAGCCUCAGAGGCGGACUCCGACACCAGAGAGGGGGAACCUGUCACUAUCAACUACAAGCCCUCCCCCCUGCAGAUGAAAAUAGAGAAACAGAGAGAGCUGGCUAGGAAGGGCUCAUUGAAGAACGGCAACGCUGUAGGUAGUCCAGUCAACCAGCAGCCCAAGAAGAACAACGUCAUGGCCAGAACGCGGUUGGUUGUGCCCAAUAAAGGCUAUUCCUCUUUAGACCAGAGCCCAGAUGAGAAGCCCUUGGUGGCCCUAGACACAGACAGUGAUGAUGAUUUUGACAUGUCCAGAUACUCAUCGUCGGGAUACUCCUCAGCUGAGCAAAUCAAUCAGGAUUUGAACAUCCAGCUGCUGAAAGAUGGUUACCGCCUUGAUGAGAUCCCUGACGACGAGGACCUGGAUCUGAUCCCGCCCAAAUCCGUCAACCCCACCUGCAUGUGCUGCCAGGCAACCUCUUCCACCACCUGUCAAAUACAGUAACCCCACCCUCUGACCUUCUGCCUCUCCCCCUCUCCACACAAUGUAACCCCCAAUCUUCAUCUGCUGUGAGUUUACUUCGCCCCGCCACAGUGGUGACAGUGAAGCAUUGGUAGAGUAUUGUAACGACAGUUAAGUGCUAUGACGAUAAUGACAAUGACAAAAUAAUCAAAUUAACAGGAAGAGUGUUAGGUUAAAAAAUCUAGGGGAAGGAACACAUUUGAAAAGAUUCAAUAUGUGUUUAAAAUAUGAGUAUAAGCGGUGGUUUCCUCCUAUGGUAGGACGUGCACUCGUGUUUGAGAGCCCUUCUCCUGGGAAACAUGAUGUAACGUAACACACUGAUAUUAGUGGACAGAAAACAGAAGGUCAAUUGAUGCUAUAAAGUGAAUUCCAUUUCCCUAAAGAAUAAGAAACAUCAUAACCGCUGACGGAAUUCUGGGUUGCAUUUUGAGCAUUUUUCCAGGUUUUGUUUUUGUUUGUUAGUUUUAAUUUAAAUGCUUACUUUUUUUCAAGCCCUAGGGAUAAGUAUGAUUGUAUGUGUUGAUGUGGAGAUAUUUCAGAAGACUGCGGUCUCGGGAUCCCUAAAUAGAAGAUAUCUGGUGCCGUAUGUAUUGUACUGUACAGGGUUGUUAUGUAGCACAGGCCAGGUCGUUGCACUCAUUCACACCACCCUCAACACUUUUGCUUUCUUUGCCCUACUGGCUUGAGAUGUUUCAAUACAGAAUUUAGGGAUGAAUGUAUGAACAUGAAUGGCUGAGGAACAAAUUGCAUGAAGAGCACUGGACUGAGUAAUUGAAUGGAGAAAAAUAAAUAAGGAAGUAGCUUAUUGCACAUUUGACUUUCGCCCUAUUUCUAUUGUGCAAUCACAUGCUACUGUUGUGGCACUAGCUUGACUUUUGAAUUUGCACAUUUAGUUUUGUUUUAUUUUUGGGCCCAUAUCUGUGUACUCUUUUCCUGCAUAGCAGUGACAGUGUCUUAUCUGAAAUGAACUGUCAAAAGGGAAGAUUACAUAUCGUUGCACCGACACUCUUAACACAUGAUGCUCACAUGAUUGACAUAUUAUCAAGGCCAAAGGGACCUUUAGACCUUUUUUUUUUAUCACACACUGCUGUGUCUUAUAUCUUUUCUCGAUCACUGGAAGCUCCUUCCUAGCCAUUCCUUUCUUCCCACCACCGAUCAUCAAGAGAGCACACAGGUCAAGACCGCAGAAAGAUUUACCCUUUCUCAUCUUUCACACACGCACACACACACAUGCACAUGCAUGCAUACAGACAGACAUACAACGCCAACAUAAGGAGAAAGAUGGCAUUUAUUCGUCUCUUUUGACUAAUGGGUUGGAAAUUUUUUUGUAAUGGCAACAUCGAGCAUCAUUGACUCAGAGCACUAACAUCCUUCAUUUAUGACUCCCUCCCUCCCUUAAAUCAGUUGAUAAUUUGCAAUUAGAGUAUGCCUUAAGUACAGAGAAGUUUAAAAGAUGUGUAUUUAUUGCCAUAUUGAUCAUUGACUUGAUUUGAAAAGCAUUUGCUGUCUAUGAAGUUAUGCUUUUUUAACAUAGACACAGGUGAUAACUGUUUUUCUUUGGUUUUCCUUUUUUUUUUUAAAUGAUUUUCUUGUAAUGUACGUAAACACUUCCAUUACAGUAUUUAACAAUGUUGUUAUGUGCAGUGUAUGAAAACUAUAAAUAAACACAAAGCUAAUAGAG